GGGGUUACGAGAUUCUGUUACCCAGGUUACCAGGGCCCUCCUACAAUCUUCAUUACCUGCUUGGACAAGGAAUGUCAAUCUUCUGGCUGCCGAUGGUAUUAGCUGUGUCCAUGGCUGUAGAAGUAGCUGUUGGUUAUAGAUCACAACAUAAUCGCUUAGCAUAGACGGAACCCAAGCUCAUCAAAGGAUCAAACGUAUUCCUGCUGUAAUAAAGUCAGUAUACAGGAUUUUUAUCAUCUUGAAAUUUCAGGAAUCCAUUUCCUGCUCAUGAGCACACAGUCAUACGUGUAAAAAGGCCCAAUUUGGAAAAUAUUUAAACGGAAAAUCAGCAAGAGGCAGCUAUGGCGGAUGGCAGUAACAGUGGUAUUAGUGGCUCAUCAUCCGUGGGAGGAAUCGCUAAUCCAGCCUCUUUACCACCUGGUGAUUCCCAGCUUAUUGCCUUGAUCGUGGAGCAGCUUAAGAGUCGUGGUCUGUUUGACGGGUUUCGGAGAGAUUGUUUAGCUGAUGUGGACACAAAACCAGCUUACCAAAAUCUACGUCAGAAGGUGGAUAACUUUGUAUCAACACACCUUGAUAAACAGGAGUGGAAUGCUGGUAUGAACAAAAACCAGCUUAGAAAUGGACUAAGACAAAGCGUUGUUCAAUCGGGGAUGCUAGAGGCUGGGGUGGAUAGGAUUAUUUCACAGGUGGUAGACCCAAAACUAAAUCAUAUAUUCAGACCCCAAAUUGAAAAGGCAAUCCAUGAGUAUCUAGCAACUCAGACAAAAGAGGAGGUUGGACCAGCUCCUCCCCCACCUCUCCCUCCUCCAGAACCAGAAGAAUGUGACCCACCAGAGCCUUCUCAAGGGGCUUCAUAAGAUGAUCCUUAGAGAGACGUUUGCUUAAAGAAAUACUGCAUUUGUAAUGCUGAAAAGCUAAAAUACAUGUUUAUGAGAAGAACCGUAGCUUAAGUGCAGGUGAAGGGCAGAAAUUAAAACUGGAAAAAGAUGGUCAAAUUAGAGUCCAUCUGUGGGUAGUGUAAUAGAUUAUACACUCAAAUAUAGGAUUUGUUUUAAUUUUUUUGUCAAUGAAAUGUUAGGUUUUUAAAUAGUGGAUAAAAUUGGGCAUUAAUAUGGUUUUGAUGCUAUAAUACUAUAGAUCAUGGAUUAUUUGUAAAUAUAAGGCAAAUAUUUGCAUGUCUUUGCUUUAAAAAUGUGUUAUAUAAAUUGUUUAAUACUAUUGUACCGAAUAAUAGGUAUUUGCAUAAUGGUAUAUUUGUUUUGAUUCUCAGAUCCUUUUUCUUGGCAAAAACUACCUACAAUAUCUACUGAAUGUGUAUAAUAGUCAUUGCUUAUCACCAGAUGAUGAUCAUGUUUUUAUGAAUUUUGAAUAAACUUUUCUUGUAGUUGUAUCCUCUUCCUGAAAAUAAAUAUUUUUGUUAACUUGA